CAGCUCUCACUUGCGAUGAACGAUGGUCAGCAAUAUCAAAAUGAACAAUACAAAAUCUGUCUUAAAUAAGCAAAACUACUGGACAACGCAAUCAACUUACCCAUGGUAUGACUGGAACACAAACAAACAGACCGGCCGCAGUAAGAGCGAGGUCACAAAAACCAGCACGUCAGUUGAGCUACUUCGAAAGCUUCGUCCAAGAUUUUCGUCAGUAUUUGCUUACUUCUACUCUUCAUGGACUUCGUUACGUCGGUGAGAAAAAACUAACCUGGUUUGAAAGAUUCUUCUGGCUAGCCGCAUUCUGUAGUGCCAUCGUUUGUGCUUCAUUCUUUAUCUUAAACGUAUACGCAAAAUGGAAAUUGUCUCCAAUGAUAGUCAGCAUAAAUCCUGAAAAUAUACAAUUGAAUAAACUUCCGUUUCCUGCGAUUACCAUUUGUAACGUAAACCAAGCGAAGAAAUCUGUAGCUGAACGGUACAAAAACGACGGGGGAUUGAUAGAUAAAAAGUUGUUAGAAAGUUUGUGCCUGUCGAAACCGGAUGCAGAUAUUUUCGAAAACGAAUUAUCUGAAAAAGCUGACUGGGAACAUACGCGGUCCUUCCUUAUAAACAUAACUCAACCAUGCAACGAGAUGUUGGCGAUGUGUAUUUGGGACUCCAUCAGAAUGAGCUGCCAGGACUUAUUCAACGCUCAACUUACCGACGAAGGUCUGUGCUGCACGUUCAACGUUGUUCACAGGGAGAAAAUGUUCAGGAAUCCGAGAGAGUUAAACGAUAUGAACAUUACUUUUCCAAACCCAUCCGUGGAAUGGACACCGGAAAGCGGUUUUCCUGAUGAUGCUCCCCCAGACGGAUUUCCCUGGAGGCCUCAAGGAAUUGGCACCGACCACGGUUUAACACUACUACUUGAUGCUAAUGUGGCUGAAUAUUACUGUUCUUCAACAAAAACGACUGGGUUUAAGGUCCUUUUACACAAUCCGAUUGAAACUCCCAACAUAGCAAAAUUAGGAGAGGUUUAUGGGCCGGGCAUUGAAGUGAGAGUUGCCAUCGAACCAAAAAUUCUGGAUGCAAAUCCAUCAUUGAAACAUAUUGAUAUCAACAAAAGGCUUUGCUUAUUCUCCAGUGAAAAAGAAUUAUUUUUCUAUAGAACAUACUCGUUAAGAAAUUGCGAAAUGGAAUGUGAGGCUCGCGCAAUGUUGGAUGUUUGUAAAUGUGUCUUGUACUAUAUGCCCAAAAACAAAACUACACGAGUAUGUGGAACGGAAGAUGCUAAAUGCUACAGCGAUAUGAGAAAAUAUGUUCUUAACGGACGUACCCAUAAUUGUGACGAGUGUCUACCAGCUUGUACUGAAAUCUCAUACACAGAGCGCCCAAGCUCAGCUCCACUCAACAAAGAACUAAUAAAAAACUACAUCAACUCCUUAAACCUCGCGACAAACCGAUCUCCAGAAUAUUUCAUAAGUAACAUGUUAAUCGUACAUUUUUAUUUCGAAAACAAUUCGUUUAUGAGAUUUACGAAAGAAGAAGUCUUUGGGCUAACAGAGUUUUUAUCAAAUACCGGUGGUUUACUCGGGCUGUGCUUGGGCUUCAGCAUGAUGAGCCUCGUCGAACUCCUGUACUACUUGACACUACGAGCACUCUGUGUGGCUCGGAAGAAUAAAACUGUUACACCUUUUGUGAGAUAGAUAACAAUAAAUUAAUGAAAUAGAAAUAUAUAAAAUUUGUGUUGAUGCUUUUUUUAGUUUUUAAUCGCUUUUGUAUUAAUGUAAAUGAAUUAAAAUUUAAAAAAAAUAAGAAACUUUGACAUCUUCUUAAAAUAUUAGAGGCAAAAGGUGUGAUGACUUCAACUAUGGUUACCUACUGAUAAUUAUUCGAAAAUGGAAACGAUAAAGACCUUAUCGGAAUGAAUGAAGUAUCUUAUUCGACUGCAAAUUUUGUCACACAAAAUACUUAAGGCCAUUAAUCUUCAGUAAACCAGCCCAAAUAACGGUUACGCCAGAGGAUAUUUAUCGAAUAUAAAAUGGUAACAGAGGUUAUCUAGCCUUGCAGCCUGAAAGAAUACUCGUAACAAGAAUACAAUUUGGUUUUCAGCUUCUUAAAAUAAAGAAAUAUCAAAAUUA